GCCAACAUCCACCACCUAACAUGCAGCGCUCCCUUUCCUCAGAUUUCCCGCCUCUUGCCGCCUUAUCUCUCUCUGACCCGAACUCGCCGCUAUCAUCCACAGACAGCUCAUCCCUUCUAUGGGACCAGCGCCACUACCCGACAAACCAGCCUCUGCCCUUUUCGAGCUCUUCGGACUGCAUGUACUCGAGCCAGUAUGCCAGCCCCCAGCAGCAGCCGUCGUUUCAGCAGCUGUUCCGGAGGACGAUGAACCCUGCCCCUGAGUCCACUCAGCGCUUCUACCAAUUCGGCGCAUAUGGUGGGACGUCUUCGUACUACCCCUCUGCAUGGAGCUUGCACUCGCAGAAUGCUGGCAAAGCGACGAGCAGCAACAGCAUCCCUUCGCUCGCGCUCCACAUCCCCGAUCUGACAUUUCCCCCCUCUCCGGCUGCCAGUAGCACGGACAGCGCCUCGUCCCUCUCGACCCCGUCCCCAGGCCCACGAUCUGACCCCGUCCGUGUGGUCGCAGACGUCCCCCUUCUUGCCCCACGACCGCUCCCAUACCACUCGCCCACCUUUCUCCAAUUCGACCUGCUCCCCGAUGUGGAUGACGAUCUCUCACAUCCACCAUACACGCACAGGCCCGCCAAGCGCAAGCGAGUAGAAGAACCCGAGUUCGACCCAUUCGCCUUCGGCUUCGAUGGCCCGCGCGCAGCAAAGCGUCCUGUGCACCACCACGUCAGCGAGCGCCAGCUGCACCCCAUACACCCACCGAUGGACUACGCCUCGAUGUACCCGGCUGCCGUCGGCGGCGGCGCACACCGCAUGCAGCACGCCAGCAAGCAGCGACGGAGAUGGAGAUAAUGGUGAUCAGCUGGCACACACACACAUAUCCGCAAUCUUUGCUCCAGUCCAGUUCGCCUCGAGGCGUUCAUCUCCACCGAGCGCGGUGAUAUCAUCGCCUCCCCGCUGUACUUCUAUCUGGUACUCGUCCGCGGCACAGGGCUCGCCCGGUCCUCCUUGCUGCUAUGAACUUCUAGUCUGUGCAAGGGGUGAUUGGGCGGGGACUCCUUCCGCUUUGCGCUGGACCCCAUCCUCAUGUUCCUAGUAUGCAGGCCCCACUGAGACAAUGGCGCACAGCACGCCUUGUCCCGUCCGUAUAUGCGUAUCCAUAUCCGUACUCUAAUCCAGCGCUAGGCCCAGAGUUUAUCGCGGCGUCCAUCAAAUGUUUUUGUGUCAUUCCUGUCAAAUAUUCUUAUUCGAUUCUCUGACUUCGAUUGCAACGUUCCAUCCAUCUUCUGUUAUGUCUUAUUGUCGCAUUUGUCCAUUGUCUACACGCGCACACGUACUGCAACAACAGCCCAACCGUCUUUUUCCCGCCGCAACCCCUUCCAGCUGUGUAUUAUCUCUGUUACCGCGUUCCGUCGGCGCUGCACUGAGUCAAUAACUUCCUUCGCAUUCAAUGGACCUUCUCGCAUCACACGCCAUCAUCGUGUCGGCCCCACGCACACCAUCCGCACAUCCGCUUGCUUGCUUAUCCGUGCUUCGAGUUAUGCAUCGCUUAUAAUCAAUCAUCGUAGCUAGCUGUUAUUAUUAUUAUGUUUGCUUGUCGUCAUAUCAUACAUAUCUUACAGUAUCAUAUCUGUCAUCAGCCACAUCACC